AUGCUCAGACAUUCAUCAUCGCUUGGUUUAAGAAUUUACAAGAUAGCAGUUACCCAUCGUUCUAUAUUAGGCCCUUUUCGAGGAUACAGAAGACUUAGGGCAAGCACAGGCUCCACUGCUGACGCUAGAGAUGCUGCGCUUAUUAAGAAGCUGGAGAGCCAAUUGGCAGAGCUAAAGAAAACAAUUAAGGAGGAGGAAGAGGACGCUCACAAGUUCUUGGAACGACAUGCAUCCGGCGAGCAGGCAAAGGCAGACAAGCAAAAUCAAUAUGUCUGGUUCUGGGAAAAGGCCCUCUCAGAUGAUGAUCGUAAAAAGCUUGCCUCUCUCAACAUCAAAUCUCUUGAUGAUCUUCAGGCCGCAUAUCAUGAAGCCGACGUCGCAAUGACCACUCCUCCAUUUCCGAAGUCAGAGAAACUCGAUCCCCGACUAAGGAUUGCUCAUAAUCUCCACAUGCGCAUUCCCGAAAAGAUUGCUGCUGCACGUCGUCAAAGUACCCUCAGCCGCCUCAAUUUGAAGAGAUUCUGGGGCGGUAUGAUUUGA